AUGGACGCGGAGUCUCGCGCAUCGCCCAGGAGGUUGUCUCUGGGAGGGAGAAUCGGCGGGAGCCGCGACGCGGCCAAGGCCAUUUCGGCGCGCAAGAAGGUCAAGUGCUCCGGCGACAAGCCAUGCACGUACUGCAGCAAACGCGACCUGGAGUGCAGCUUCCCCGAGCCGGGGAAGAAGCGGGUCUACUCCGUCACGAGAAUCCAGGAUCUCCAGGAACGGUUGGCGCGAUAUGAGAAUCACGGGCUGGGAUUUGCGAUUACAGAGGACCGAGAUAAUGAGACAAUCAGAGUAGCUGGAGAACCGACCGAGAACUCUCGCCGACCUACGACCAGCGCUACGGCGCAUACACCUACUGAUAAUGCCACGCAGGUCAAUGCUGCCUCCACGUUGCUUGGGUUGGCUUUGGACCAGCUUACCUCUCCUCCGUCGACAAGCACAUUACCAAGAGGAAGUGUGAGCAACAUUGUCGAGUCUUCGCCGGGUUCAACUAUCCCCGCAGACUCGACCCUGAGCUCAAGCCACAACUUCGGAUCCCGCCUCCAGAACCUCCUCGAGCAUCCACGUCUAAGCGGCGUAGACAACAACCAGCCUCCUCGUCGCCAACUAUCGCAGCCCCCGCCACCUCGUCCGAAAGAUGAAGCACCCUCUCUACCGUCAGAAGAAGAAGGGCGGAAGCUCUUCGAGAGCAUGUCCUUCUUCAUCGGCUACACGCAACAUCACAUCGACACGCGAGAGUUCUCCGACCGGCUCGCCUUCUUCUACGCCAACCUCGGCGACCCGUCGCAGACGCAGACGCCGUGGUAUCUGGAGAUGAUACUGGUAUUCGCCAUCGGGAAGCUGUUCUCGGGGAAGUUUGACGGUGGUGAGAGAACGGAGUUGCCGGGCUGGGGCAUGUUUACGUAUGUCCAGACGAGGCUGCCGAGCUUGAGCGAGUUGUACGGCUUGGGGAAGCUGGGGAUUGAGAUACAUGCCUUGGCUGCGGUGUAUCUGCAGAAUGCGAACAGGAAGGAGGAGGCGUACUUAUAUAUUAGUUCUGCUCUUCGACUUGCUACGACCCAUGGGUACCACCGAAAGUCGGGGACGAAGCAUUUGUUGCAGUCGGAGAAGGUACACUUGAAUCGACUGUGGUGGACGGUGUAUAUGCAAGAGAGGCGACUCGCUGCUGCGACUGGCAACCCUUCUGGUAUCGUGGACGAUGUCAUAGAGAUCGAGAUGCCAAUCGACUCACCUGGAUUCCCUCCGGCAUUACCAUUGCGAACAAACAUCAAAAUUGCAAGGGUCACGGGUCGAAUUCUAUCCACCAUCUACGGCCCGGGUAACCAUCCAGAAGAGAUGUUCGUACCGAACGUCCAAGAAAUCGUGCAGUCGCUUUACUGGAUCGCGAAAGAGGUCCCCGGAGACUUUUCGAGCAAGCUGUUCGACAUUCCUUCCAUGGAGGGAGAUGUGUCGUUGAGGACAUCGGCUUAUCUUCACAUGAUGUUAUACCAAGCAAUCCUUCUCACGAUUCGCCCCGUCAUGCUGCACGUGUCAAAGCUCAUAUUCGACGAUGAGAAUGGAUCCAAUCUUGGUCUUGCCUCAUCGCCACUCAACCGGUUAACAACAUUCGGUUUCUUCGAUCUCGACGCGAUCUUCUCCGCUGCGUUCAUCAUGAUCUUAACCCUGAUUAUCGACUCGACCUGCGAUGGAAGCCAAAAGCUCGCGCCUACUCCUGGGCUCUCUGAGGCGCUGGAAAUUCUCGACUACUUGGUCGGCUGUGGUAACGAGUUUGCGCUACAGAGAGCCCGCGAAGUCCGCCGUAUGAGGGACCACUUAUCGACAUUCUUGGAUAUCCCCAAGAACAGCCCGAGCGAGGUGCGCACCAGCAGGCCGGACCCAGCAGCCAAGACUGCGGUGAACCAAGGAGGUUCGAGCAUAACAGUGUCAACGGGCAACGAAGAGGAUUCUGAAAUGCGACAGCAACCCUUCCCGGGCUUGACGCCGAGGAACUCGGGCGGGGUCGAAGUGCUGACGCCCUCUGGGCGGAGCAGUCAACUGGGUUCGAGAAGUCUGUUGGAUUCGAGCCUGUGGAAUGACAUCUCGUAUCUGUGGAUACAGCCCUCGAGCAGUGACGACCCGCAGCCGUCUGAGCAGGCGAAUGGGAUGGACUUGUUGCCUGAUGAUGCGUACAAUUGUUAUUCGAUAUAUCAUAAUCAGGAUCUUGAGCUUACUGGGCAGGAUUUGGGAGACUUUGGGGAACUGGAGAGGCAUAUUCUCGGUUUAACCCAGUUGCCAGACAAGCAGGCGGAACUCCGGCUCCGUGGCGACCUCCCUCACAACCUCCCAGAAACCCUCCCUGCCGACUUCCUCGCCCGCUGCCCGAAACUCUCACGAGAGCAGGCAGGACACCUACGCCAUUUCCAUAAUCUCACGACACAUACCGACGGUGAAUGGAGACAUAUGGGAAGUCAGGAACCGGGUCAGGAAUGGCUCGAUGCGUAUCGCUAUCAGCUGGCCACGAUGGCUUACACCGCUGGCGCAGCGCACUAUCACCACAUGCCUGCACUGAGGUCGAUGUUCAAGGCGCUCUUAGAGAACAUCAUCCACAAGAUGCUGUUGAGAGACGUCUGGGGCUACUGGUUUCUGACGAGUCACAGUGGGAUUAUGCUUGACCCGGACCUGAAGGAACUGAGGAAGCCCUGGGCGGAUCCUGUGGUUCGAGAGAACAUCAUGUACUCCGGUCAUCUACUCUUGAUGGUGUCACUUCAUGAGAUGCUGUUCAACGAGGGCAAGUACGAUCAGGAGGAUGCCAUCGCGUUCAACUGGAACCCCGUGUUCUGGGGAAUGGGCCCGGAAAAGUUCUCCUACACGAGGAAGUCGUUGCAAGCAGCCAUUCUGAGAGAAAUGGAACGCGAGAACUGGAUGGGUGUCUGCUGCGAGCCCAAUAGUAUCUUUGUGGUUUGUAACCAAUUUCCCUUGAUCGCACUCCGAUACAACGAUGUCAGGGACAAGGUUAAUUUUUCACCGGAAGUGUUGGAGAAAUACCAGGCUGCUUGGAAGGCAAAGGGCAUGGUUCAAGAAGAAGACGGCUUGUUCUACGACUGGUAUUCGCCCAAGCAGGACCAGAAGAAGCCGGCAGAUGAUUUGGCAUUUUCCUCGUGGGCACUCGCUUUCAUGAAUUCAUGGAACCCAACCUUUGUGCAGAAGACCAGCAGAAACCUCCAGCCGGGAUUUCUCGCGAAGCCAUCCGACGACCACGUAUUCAUACCGCAUCCGAAGGUGUCUUUCAAGAUCCGCGAGCUAGUCACCUCGGAGCAUGUCGACCCCAUGGAUCCAGUCACCUAUACCAAGGCGGCUAAGGCAGUGGCAGAAGAGGGACUGCCCAAGAGCAUGAUACCAUUUACUAAACCUCACUUCGCCUUCGGGGUAAUGUGGGUGUCCGAGCUCGGCGAUCGCGCUGAUUUGGAGGGCAUGCUAUCAUACGCUGAUGCCAAGUUCAACCCUACUUGGGAGAACGGAGGGUUGUUCUACCCUUACAGGAAGUCUGCGACGCCGUAUGACUAUGAGUCACCAGCUGUCGACGUAGUCACUGGGAAUGCGGGCAUCGCGUAUGGACGAUUCAACGUGAUCGAUGGACAGAGGAAGAUUUACGAGAAACCAUGGGACGCGGAACACUUUGCGACUUGCCCGUUUGUGAUGGACGUGGACUUGUCGAACGGGGUGGACUUCUUGCGUGGCAGCUGGGACAGCGAGAUGCAGGCCUUGGCCAUCACCAUGCGCACUUGGGAUGGGAAGAGCACACGGAUCACGCCUCGUGUAUCUGGACUUGAGCAGGGGAAUUACGGGUUGUAUUACAACGGCAAGCUUCGGCUAACGUUCGAGAUGAGCGGCAGGAGCGAAAGCUUUGGGAUUGACUUGGAGGUUACGGGAGACGAGGUUGACAUCGUUUUGAUGAGAGAUCAGUAG